AUGAAAGGCAACCCUGAUUUGAUGAACAAGUACAACAAUGUGAUUAAAGAUCAACUGAAGAGUGGAGUGAUUGAGGAGGUGAACCGAAAUGGUGCUGAAGGUAUCAAACACUACCUAUCGCAUCAUGCUGUACUAAAUCCUUUAAAAUCGACGACCAAAUUCCGAGUUGUGUACGAUGCGUCGGCGAAGACCAUACGUGAAUACCAUAGCUUAAACGAUUGCCUGUACCGAGGUCCUGUCGUCCUUCAUGACCUCUUUGGAAUUCUCAUGAGAUUUAGAAUACAUAGGAUAGCCUUAGUCUCUGAUAUUGAAAAGGCGUUUAUUCAAGUCGGGUUGCAACCACACCAUAGAGAUGUCACGCGGUUCCUCUGGGUUAAAGAUUGUCAAAAAUCUGACCUAUCAAGUGAAAAUGUGCAAGAAUUUCGCUUUUGUCGGGUACCGUUUGGAGUGGUGUCCAGUCCCUUCCUACUUGGAGCGACAGUUAAUCAUCAUCUCGAUUCAUACAAUACAGAUGUUUCCAGGAGAGUCAAAAAUGACAUUUAUGUAGACAAUCUCAUAACUGGAGCUAAUAGGGUUGAUGACGCAAAGAGACUUUAUAGUGAAGCCAAAUCAAUGUCCGAUGCUGUCAGAUCUUCAACAGAUAUCUGA